AUGCUGGAUACAUUGUCACCGCAUUGCCUCGGCAGUAUUGUUUGCUGUUUGGACACGCUCGACCUCGUCUGCUUGUUGCUCACAUGUCGCCGCCUCUACACUCUCAAGUCGAUGUUGUGGCAGCGCGCUCUGCCCUUGGUCCACAGACUUGACACGGUCAAGUGCGCAGUGGUGCGCACAACUUGGAUUGAAGGCAUUCGCUACGAGAAGCCGCGAAAGAACGAGCGUCCCUAUGUCGAGGCAUCGAACAUGUUGAACCCGAACCUGUUUGACUCUUCGAUAUCCCACCAACUUCUCGUUCGAACACUUGAUGUGGCGUCACUUAAGUUCUUCACCAAGUUCGACCGUGAUCCAUUGAUACCCGCCACAGUUCAACGACUGAGCGUUGGUCGCGCCAAUUCCCAACCACAGGCCACGCCACCUGCCACUGCAUCGACAUCGUCGUCUUUCUUUAAGUCGCUGCCCUCGUCCCUGACCAGCCUCCGCCUCAUCGCCUGUCCACUGGCGAUCGCUGCUGGCACCCUUCCCGUGACGCUGACCACAUUGAAGCUGCGCAACUACGCACACCCGCUCUCAUUCCUCGCGUCGCUGCCAGCUCUCACCUGGCUGGACAUCACGCAGUAUCAGCUCACACUGGCGGUCGGCGACAUUCCCACGACGGUACACACACUGGUCAUGCUGGGCUACAUGCCCCAGCUCGACCUCUCAACUGUUGGCAUAAUUCCAAACUCGGUCACUCGCCUCCAGUUGGACUGUCAGAGUCUGACUCAGAGACAGCAGCUGCCCAUCGGCGCAAUUCCCUCGUCGGUGACCAGGCUGGAUCUUCUUCGCCUCCAAGCCAUCCCUCCCAACUCCAUCCCCUCGUCGGUCACGACGCUUCGACUAAACGCCGAUCUCUCUCAGCACAAGUGCUCGGCGACUUUGCAACCAAACAGUCUUCCACCAUCGAUCACCUCGCUGGACCUUGGCUUCCGCCAGGUGUUCCAGACCAACCUCUUCCCAGCGGCGCUCAAAUCGUUAGUGAUCAACAUCCUUGUCCACGCAGAGAACACUUCUAUCCCAGCAGGCUUCUUCCCGGCGCGUCUAGAAUCGCUGUCCAUGAGCUGGGGGUCCGACAGGCCUUGUCAGAUCGAGCCCGGUGCCAUUCCCGAGUCUGUCACUUGGAUGGAUUACAAUGGCGUCGCCACGUUGCGCGCAAACAGUUUUCCAUCCAGUCUUCGGUCACUCACUCUGCACAAGGCGCCAUCUGACAUUUCCUACCUCACUCAUAUGGAUCACCUCUGCCUUGGGAGCCUGCUCGUUGCCAAUCGCUACCCCAUCGGCACUCUCCCAGCCUCGCUCACGUCGAUGGACAUGCGAUAUGACCUCUUCAGCGAGGAGAUUGGCAACAAUGGCACGCCUGACGCAAAGGUCUACAUGAGGCUCAGAAGCCGCCAGGACCAAUACCACAUCCCAUCCUCUGUGACCAAGCUCUAUCUCGACAUUGCCCUCCUGCCGGCGCACUUCCUACCGUCGACCAUUCGCCACUUGGAGCUAUACACCCGUGAUUCCUUCAACAGUGAGGUGUUGCCCGCCAACCUAGAGACAUUCAUCCUCCACUACACUACUCCGAUUAAUCGCGCAUGCCCCAUCGUGCUCCGCGACCUCCCACCAACCAUUCAUUCGUUGGCACUCUUCAGCAACCCGCACAAGUUAAAUGACGCAAAGAACACACGGUAUCUCAGUCUAGACACCUCACGGAAGUUCCCAUCGAUCAGAACGGUCGUCCUGGGCUGCGAGACAGGUCGCCUGCCAAUUGCCCUACUUCGUUGCUUCGCUGUCGGCACUGAUAUCGAGCACCGCUACCAGGUCGGUGACAACAGGAUCGUCGUGUUCAUCCGGAUCAUGUCUCCGACGACUGCGUUGCUCCUAUCGCCGCAGUUCCGCGGCGGCAUUAUUGACUUGGGCGUCGGCGCAGCCCCUGUCCUCAACCUUCCGCUCUAA